GACUUUGAAAACGCAGAGGACAACCAGAGAGGAAAGCAAAGCGAAGAAACUGAAGCAAAAAUGGGGUGGAUCGGAGAUACCGUGGAUUCCAUUAAAUCCAUCCAGAUCCGUCAGCUCCUCACUCAGGCCGUCAGUCUAGGAGCUGUAAUUGACACUGAGGAUGGGAGGAAUAUUUUGUAUAAUAGUUGAGACUAAAGAGCGGAAAAAUCAAGUACUACUACUAUAUUUUGUGGUUGGAUCAAGUUUAGCAUGCAUAUGGUUUAAGUUGUCUUCCCUCCACUUUGAAGGAAUGAUUGUUACAUCUGCACUAAUAAUAUGGAAGGCAUUGAUGUGCAUCACUGGUAGUGAGUCUCCUGUGGUGGUUGUUCUAUCUGGAAGUAUGGAGCCUGGCUUUAAGAGGGGGGAUAUUUUGUUUUUGCACAUGAGUAAAGAUCCUAUUCGUGCAGGGGAGAUUGUUGUUUUUAAUAUAGAUGGCCGUGAAAUUCCAAUUGUCCAUCGUGUAAUCAAGGUCCAUGAAAGGCAAGAUACAGGGGAAGUUGAAGUCCUCACGAAAGGAGAUAAUAAUUAUGGGGAUGACAGGCUUUUGUAUGCUCAAGGUCAGCUUUGGCUGCAACGGCACCAUAUCAUGGGGAGAGCUGUUGGGUUCUUACCUUAUGUUGGUUGGGUGACAAUUAUCAUGACUGAAAAGCCUAUCAUCAAGUACAUUCUUAUUGGUGCAUUGGGAUUGCUUGUCAUAACUUCAAAGGACUGAAAGAUGAAGCACCAUGAAGGCUUGGGGGGAAAUCCAAGUAAAACAUUCUUGGAGUGGUUGUUGCCAUUUGUUUUCCCUUGAGAGCGGAUUUCCAAUCUUUUUUUUCUUUUUUCGGUUAAAUUAAGAUGUGAUAGAUGUUUAAGGAUGAGUAGCAUCAGAACCUUGAUAUUGUUUGAUACUUGUGUAGCUGACCUCCAGCCUAACUUCUUCCGCAGUUUUUGGUAAAUUCGAUUAUUACUAAAAUACUAUUCGAAUCCAUUUAAUCU